UUUACACCUCCAUCUCUUGUCACACUGUUACUCACUUGUAUUUGCAAACAUACUACACAUAAUAGUCUCUGUCAAGUUUACUAGCUAGUGUUAGGAUUUAGGAUCCAUCAUGGGAGAGUCUUCUAAUUCUUCUGCUUCAUACAUUCAUAUGGUGCAGCAUCUGAUUGAGAAGUGUUUGAUCUUUCACAUGUCAAAGGAAGAAUGCAUGGAAGCUCUCUCAAAGCAUGCAAAUAUUAAGCCUGUCAUAACAUCUACUGUAUGGAACGAGUUAGAGAAAGAGAACAAGGAAUUUUUUGAGGCGUAUAAGAAAGUUAAGAGUAAAGACGACCGAAUGUCGGAGGAAGAGACAAGCCAAAUGAUACAGAAGAUGAUCUCAGAUUCCUCUAAAGGUGCUGGCAACGACUAAUUAGCCAUUGAAAAUGAUCUCACCUGUGUGUUUUGUUAGCUUCACCAACAUGCAUGGAUUAAAACACAUUUGCUCACCUUCUCCAUCUCUCUACCUACGUUGUUAUCAUAAGUGGUCCAAUUUCAUAUUUAUAAUGCAUGAUAAUUCUUAUCAUGGUUAAAUUAAUAUAUGUUGUUAAA